CCAGACAUCAAAGUAUAGUAUAGACCGGCGCUAGGAGCGGACGGUCCGGCGCUACGACCUGCGGAGAGCCAGAGAGGGCAGAAGCGGUGCGACUAGCUGGGAUGUUGGUGGCGUUCACUCUUGUUCAUCGGCGAAAGAAAGUGCGUUUGCCGCACUCGAGGUCCAUACUGAAGCACAGCACGCGCUGUUGAAAGACUGAAGAUGAAAAACAGCUUCUGUUUUACAGUCAUCUUUCUAUUGUGGACAAACCUCGCCAGCGCCGAUGCCCUGGAGACCACAAAUAUCUGCUAUGUGCUGGACGGGAUCCUGUUUGUCUACGGCGUCACCCUGACUGUCUUGUACUGGAGAUUAAAGAUAAAAAAAGCAUCAACGGAUAAUGGACGACUUUCACAGCAGAAAAACGCAGAAGGCGAAGGCAUUUACACCGGACUUACAUGUCAAAAUGAGGACACAUACGAGACCAUCGAAAUGAAGAAGAAAGGAAUGGUGUGAAUAGAAGUGACGUGAUCAAGAUGUACUCCUCUCUAGAGAAGCAAAAGUCACAAAGUGACAAAGUAUCUGUAUAACCCAGCUAGCUCAGUUUCUGUACAUGUCCCUCCGCUGAGAUGGUCUGCAUUUGGUGUAAUAUGCUCUGUGUCUGCUUGCAGUGUGAGAAAAAUGUGUUACUGCUUAAAAAAAAUGUGUGCUUCUUGUGUUGUUGCAGACACCUUUAAAUCUUUUUUUUAUUACAAAUGCAAUAAUGAAUGCUUUCGAACUUUAUUUUUAAUUAAAGUAAACUUAUUGUAA